CUGUCAAAUCAAAGCGCAAGCAAAAAUCCGGCGUUUUGCGCUGCGCAGCUCGUCUUUUCCCAUUCCGGAAACGCGUGAGAUCAACGAGGAAGCGGCUCACGCGUCGUCUGUCAAGCCGCGAACUUUCCCGCGUUUAUCGACAAAACGGCGGUAACCUCCAACGUCGCCCGACUUCUCCGAUGCUGUCUUCUUCUGACAUAAAACAGCCGUUCGGCGUAGCAUCGCGCGGAUGGCUUGCCCUACUUCGUACGCGAUGCACAUCGAGCCGCUCAUCGCCCGAUUCCAUUACUCGCCGCAAAUAUGAACACCACGUUGAGCACCGUGAGCAGCGGCGGUGAUAAACGCCUGCCGGAAACAACUGUGCAAGCUGUGGCGCAAAACUUAACGACAAUGCAAAAUGUACAAAGUGUGCAAAAUGUACAAAGUGUGGUUCAAAGUAGUAUGCAGAACAUUGCUCAGCCGACCCAGACGAUUGUUGGAUCAGUGGGAACAUCCAGCAGCCUAGUAGGCAAAUCAGUGUCGCUUGAUAUGAAUCCGAAGUUGUCCCUAAUGAAGCCCGUGGUCCCUUCUGGUGGCACUACCUCAUCUACAGAAACCAGUAAAAUACAAACAACAACGUUAUGUUCUGUAGGUUCUGUAGGGUCUACAGUAAGAUUAAUAUCACCAGCAAUGUUAAAUGUGGAAAGGCAAAGCCAACCACAGUCACAGCAGCUGGCGCAACAAACGGUCAGCAUGCCAGCCACGUAUCAUGUGCCGCGAGGACCUGCAGCAGUUGCUAAUAUCUCUGCGCCGAGGUCAACUGUCGCCACUCCUAUGGUCAGGGCGAAUACUGGACAGACUGUGCCUACUACUAGACCAAGUAAUACACCAAUCACUAAUCUUCAAUGGCCACCUAAAACAACGUCCGUCGUAUAUGCGCAAAGACACCCUCCACCACAAGUCAGCAGAGUUUCCAGGCCAUCGUCUGCCGUGUACACGGGACAACAACCGCGGCUAAUUACGCCCACCAAUCAAGGGAGACCUGUUCAAGCCACUAUGGUCACUGGUAGUCCGUCCAGAUUAAUGACGCCCAUUCUACAAACGAAUAGUAGUAUUACUAGACUUCCAGUUCCACAAAACAGACCGCCGACGCCGCAGGUAGUAACGGUCACGCAGACUCCGCAACCUGGAAAGUCGUCGUCGCAGACGAUUCAGCCAGCUAGCCAAUCCAGCAGGCCUCUAGCUACGACAGGCACCACGAAACGCAUUGCUGUGUCAGCACCCGUUGUGGAGACCGGCAACAGAAUAAGUGGCACGACUGCGGUUACUGUCGGCUCGGUGGAAUCGACGGUGGGUCGACAAUUGUCAAUUAAUACAGUGGCCGGGCCAUCAACUGUUAGCCAUAUCGUUAUUCCUUCGCAGCAAGUCCAACAGCAACAAGGUGCGCCGCGUGUCGUCACAUGUUUAUCGAGUCUCAGUACGGUGUCGCAAGUGAUUACAACAACCACGAAUACGCAAGCGAAUGCGAUGCGCAUACUGCAGACAGUUCCGACGACAGUCGCGAAAAUUACAGGAAUGUCUUUGCACCCUUUGCCCAUUGUACCAGUGAGGGCCGCGCCGGCGCCAGUCAAGCCCGCCACUGUACAGCCCCAAAAUAUCGGACCAACUGUCCAGAUCAAGCCAGCGCAACAAACCAGUUUACGCGUGUCGGCUACUAACACGGCUACCAGUUCCGCUCAGCCGGUUCAAGGACAGUAUAUACACCCACCACAAAGCACUACAUAUUAUUCUUUUGAAGCCACAGGCGCAUACUCACAAUAUCGACAGACAACAGUACAACCUGUAAGAUUAGUUGUAGAACCAGGAUAUGAGGAAUCUACGCAUAGUAAACCCAACGCGUCUCCCAGACCGAGCAUUCUGAGGAAGAGAGAUCAUGACAAUUCACCUGUGAAAGGUGCAGCUAAAAAUUUAGUCCCUGUACUCGCAUCUUUAUCGUCAAGUAGAUCGAUGUCUAGUCCACCAUGUUCGCCAAAAGGGGAUCAGGAUGGUGGCCAAAGUUCUGGUUCCACGACUGUAUCCGCUACGUCCUCGCCAGGUCUUGACGAGGAACCCGAACAAUCUAGAAUUACUAUUAAUCCUACUAUAGAAAUGUCGCCGAGAAAAAAGCCACGUAAGCAACAACUUACAGGUGUAGAAUUAACCGAAUCUAGAGGCAUAGAAGAGGAGAUGCAAUUUAUUACGGAAGAAAGGAUGAAGAAGGAAAACAAGGAAGAAUCAAAAGAGAAAUUAUCUGAUAAGAGACAAGUCUCCAGUGUACAGAGUGAUAUUAAAUCGCCUCAACAAACGGAAAUUACGAUACGGACGCGGCCUGUACCAAGUUUGUUAGGCUCUUCCUGGAAAAGUAAAUGGGCAGUCAGAUUACACCAUUACAGAAGGCCCAGUGACGUUCGACCUCGCGAGGAGAGAAGGCCGACGGUUGCUGAAUUGGCGCAGCAGAAACACGUAUUACAAAAACUAAAUGGAUGGAAGAUCUACCAUCUCACCGCGCAAAUGGAAGAUAUCGCGGAUCUUGAGAAGCAAGUUCACGAAAAGUUAAAAACGACGCUAAUGCUGUUAGAGUCGCAACAAACUGUCAAAAGCAGACAUACCGAGCUUGAGCGUGUGAACGAGUUGAUCAAGGGUAACAUGCAACGCAGUAGUUUAAUCAGCGAGGGCAUGAACGAAGCACGUUCACAACUCGUCGCUAUAUUUCAACACAAGGGCCCUAUCACUGACCUUUUACAACGCUGUGGUAACAAACGGGCUCAGAAAAAAAGGGACAAAUGAACUGCUGUAUCGAACGAAUAUCGAGGAAAUUUAUAAACAAACUUUGUUAAAAGAAAACUCACAAGGGAGAUAUUUUUAUCUGUCUCACAGAUUCUACAUAGG